CGUCGAGCAAGCUGUCAACUGCGUCGUAUAAAGCCGUAGUACUACUGUUUACGGAAAGGUUUGAUUCGGUAGUGUGAUAUCGUGUGUGCAUAUAGUAAUCGAUUGGGCUCGGAGGGUGGACUUGGUUGGUACGCUCGUUUCAGUACAUUUUUGUAUAUGAUUGCCACCUACGUACAUAUGUAUUGGAUCAAGGCAUCCAUUCCAUUCAGCAGCAGCAGCAGCAAACAGAUCGCUGGCAGCAACCGAGGAAAGGCGAACAGUGAUAGAGACGAUUUUAUAAACGACGAAAAAAUGGCAACGCAAGAAAAAGUGUCAAAAACGAGUAGUUUUCAGUCGCUGGUUCGGUGCAGUUUUGGUUUGGCCAGUCGUAUAGUGAAAAUCGGUGCAUAAUCCGGAAAAUAGUACUUGUUCCAGCCAGCGGGUGUUCGAUAGGGUGGAAGUGACACUAGGAUUUAGUCUGAUCAGUGUCGGUAGUGUACCGAAGGAAACCGAACCCUUUCGGGGAACCUGAGACAUAGUACAUUUUAAUAUAGUCGUGAUGAUGAAUGAAGACUUUUUUUUAAUGUCAGAUAGUGAAUAUUAAUGGGGAGUCGUUGUUACUGACAGACAGACUGACUGUAGUGACUGGUAGACAUUCUUCGCUGGAAGAGAGGGUGAAUCGAUGAAAGUGUAGUGAGUCAGGCGGAGAUGUGUAAAAGGGUCCAUGGUCUAAAGUGAAGAGAAGGCAACAGUGCAAGAAAGUAACGACGGUCGGGGCGAGAGCGAACGCAGACUAUCCCUUCUUGAUAGAUAAAAUUGUUCCUCAGUAAAACGAAGAAAUUGAAAUCGAUUGUUAAAAAAAACCUUGUAGUAAAUAAAAAAACGUCACUAGAUAGCACAGGGUAAUCAAUCGAAUCUGCUACGUAUUAAGUAAUUGAAUAGCCCGUACAGAGCAGCGAGUGAAAAACCGGAUAAUCAACCCGGACCCGGAAGGUGGGGGUGAGCCGUCAGAAUGGUCCACCACCAUCAACGGCGACCGAAGCAGCUCCAGCCGAAUGUGCUGGGCCAUCUGGUCAGUCGCCAGCUUGGUGAUAAUGUGAAACAGUUCCGCAACAAUCUGUUCCACCAGCGGUUGAGGAUCGCCAAGAACCUCUACAAAAAGGAUCUGGUAUCGCACUAUGGCUGCGUUAAUGCCAUCGAGUUCAGCAAGGAGGGGGAGCUGCUAGUUUCAGGUGGAGACGAUCGCCGAGUUCUCCUGUGGCACGUGGACAAAUCCAUCCAGGAGAAGGAAUCACCGGCCUCGAUGCAGAAGCAGCACCUGAGCAACAUCUUCUGUCUCGGUAUGGACUCGCGGAACGCUCGCGUUUUCUCCGGCGGAAACGACGAUGUCGUCAUUGUUCACGAUGUUCAAACACGAGAAUCGGUGGACGUAUUCCUGCACAGUAAACCCGUGUACGGUCUAUCGAUCGAUCCUUCCAAUAAUGACCUAUUCGCGACGGCCGGCGAAGAUGGAAAGAUUCUGAUUUUUGACAUGCGGGAUGGUUCGGAUGUGAUGUGCGUUUCACGGUGCCGUUCACCGUACCAUGCCGUGAUGUAUCAUCCGUACGAUGCCGGGUUCAUCGUAACGGCCAAUGCAAAGGAGGGUGCCGCCCUGUGGGAUCUUAGAGCUCCGAAGAUGCCAACGAUUCGGUACGGUGGAGAGAAUGCUGCCCAAAGCUGUAUGAGCAUUCGGUUCAACAGUUUGGGUACACAGGUGCUGGCACUGAGAAGACGUCUACCGCCGAUUCUGUUCUCGACGGCUUCACCGGAACCGAUCUGCCAGUUUUACCAUCCGGAUUACUACAAUUCGUGUACGAUGAAAAGUUGCUGCUUUGCUGGCGAGAGGGAUCAAUUUGUGCUGUCCGGUUCGGAUGAUUUUAAUCUGUACGUGUGGCGCGUGACCGAUGCAGAUGUGAACGAUACCGAUCAGUGGGUCGAUCGAAAUCAGAUGGUUCUUUACGGACAUCGGUCGAUCGUCAAUCAGGUUAGAUACAAUCCGCAAAAGUGUUUAAUAGCUUCAUCCGGAGUGGAAAAGAUCGUGAAGCUUUGGACUCCGUUCGAGCUGGAAUCGUGGCGUGGAAGUUUGGUGGAGGAAGCAACGGGUCCGGAAAAUCCGAGAGAAGUGUUCACCAAUGAGGAGUACAUUUCACUGAACAUGACUCACGAUUAUAGUCAUCAAUCGACCACGGAGGACCCGCGAAUGAUGGCAUUCUUCGACUAUCUUGUUCAGCAGGAGAUUGAAGGUUGGAACAGUGAAACGUCGGAUCAAACAUCGGAGCACAGUUCGGAUGAGAACGAAUCUUCCCGACCGGACACGACUCAGACUUCGGAUACGGAAUCCGUUCAGAACUAUAUCCCACUGCGCGGACAGCAGCAAAGUCGUCGAGGAGAUGUAGCUCAGCGAACGAAAUACCGGAAUCGGAUUGCAUAUCUAAUUGCCACCAAGCGAAAUCGAUUGAAGCGACUCGCUCUGAAGACUGCCAAUGCCCGAGCCACUAAUCGGCGGACGAUAACGAAGACAAAGUACGGGUUGCGCAAUCAGCCAAAACGUCCCGGAUUGGGGGCACUUCGAACCACACGAAAGGGUAUCGGUAAACGGAAUCGACGGCUUAGUACUAGUAAGUACAGUAAGCGUCCAGUUUCACACGAGCAGACAAGUGAUUCGGAGGUUUCAAAAUCGACCAAGAAGCGUCGUAUGCAAACCACCAAUCUGAAUUUAGCAGUGUAUCGAACGUACCGGCGGAAAUCCAAAGGAACACCAUCAUCUUCCAACACUAGCACCCGGGUCGAGGAAUCCAGCUCCGAUGAUGACGAUGCGGACAACGAUAGUGAGCAACCGCAGCCAUCGGCUGCGAAGAAGCUCAAACUGAGCUGUGACAGUUUGGGUAAUUUUCCUUCGACCUCCAGAGGUUUCCCGGGCGGUAGUAGUACAGGCAGCAAUAUCUACAAUAAUGGAGCCGGUCCGAGUGGGUUGUGCAAUGCAGUGCGAACGGGUGCCUCGGGGAACGGUGCCGGGGGAAGCAGAAGCAGUACAUAUGUUAGCAUGGAUACGCCUAGCACCAGUACCGGGCUGACCGGGAAUGGGAGAAAUUUAUUGUUCCACAUAGCAUCGACCACCAAUGACGACGAUGAUUCCGACGACGACCCGUCGAUUCCGGAACAUCCGGCCUCACCGGACAAUCUGCUUCGGGUUAUCACAUCACCGAUUAAUCACUUCGAACUCCCGCCGAAUUCCUCCAGCGACCUCCUAGCGGUCGAUCAUAACGACAACAACAUUCUAGACCACAGCAACAACAACAGUAGCUACGUGAAUCACAAUAACAAUUCUAGCAAUAAUAGUAACAACAACAAUAACAAUAUCAGUAGAGCCAACAGCAGCAUCCUUAACCUUAACAGCAAUUCAAUCCAGAACGGUAGCAGCCAGAAGCAGAUGCUCUCAGCAGCAAACGACAACAAUGAGUCAUCCUCGUCGUACAACCAGGUUUACGACCAUACCUACUCCAGUCGGUCAAACUCGAGGCUGUCCAGCAGCUACGAUUACGAUUGUUCCUCCAGCAACGACAGUUUCGUGGACUAUUUCAACAACAAAAAGAAAUUGUUAGCAUCAAUCGAUCAGCAGCAACCGGGAUGUUCCUCUUCAACCGGCGCAUCAACACGGAAACCACAACAGCCGGACUAUAACCGGGAACUGCUAAACUACACUCCGGACAGUGGAAUCGCCACCGGUCCGUGCAGUUCCGUGUCCACCAACGGUUUCCCGUCCAGUGUCAAAUCCCGCACUUCCCUGAACAGCAAUAGCAACGGGAACUAUCUGGAAGCUACACCCGGAACUAGUGGAUUAAGUAGCACUAUCGGUGGUGGUGGUGGUGUUGGCGGAAGUGGUCCGAUGGCAAACGGCAGUAGUAGUAAUGGGGUCGAUCUUGGUUCGAAACUGUUCCAGCAAAAGGUGGCCCGGGUGCGGAAAAACUAUCGCAAGCACUUCUGUGAUGACUCGGAUAGCGAGUGAACUAGGGUUGUGGCUACGGCUGUUCCGGAGUACCCUAUCUAAUCACUGAAGGAGCAUUCGUUUGAAGUACAGCGCAGAGUAUGGUUAAAGAACUGUGUCGAACUAAUAAAGUGACUAGAAAUGCUUAUGGAAGCGAACAUAAAGAUACGAUAGAUUCUAUUCAGUAAGUUUUUGGUAUGAGUUCAAGUCUCAGUCUACGAUGUGGAUGGAAAAUGUAGUUUCGAAGAUGUACAAGAAUAAAAUUCUUAUUACACCGAUUCUUCGGCAGGCGACAAAAUCAGCGAACCUUAAUUGUUGUGUUAGUGAUAGUCUUCUACUAUGAUUGUCUUUGUAGUAGUUUGUAUGAGCGAGGAAGCAAUUUGAGCUAACCGUACAAGUAGGCCCGUAACAGCACAAUCACCAACAUUUUUGUCGUGUCUCCUGAGCUGCUCGUACCCAAAUAGAAGAGAAAUGGGCAGUUUUACGAUAGAAACAGCUACAUAUUCAAGUAUGUGGAUACAGUUGGUACUCACCUAACACACUACAUAUUACUGAUACUAAUUAGAAUGUUAAGAGGAAAAAAACCGUGAUUUACUAAUCAUAAUAUUACUAUUAAAUAUAUACUAAACCCAUACACUAUAGAUUGUAUCCAUCAGAUGUAAGAUCAAACUUUAUACCGUUAUGCGGACAUGUGCGGUUUUGUAUUUGCGUGUUAAGGCGGAAGUGAGUGGUAGGUGUAGUAAAUACACUAGCUCACGCAAAGCAUACCCACGUAGGUAACAAGAAGGCAGGCAGGCAGUCCUGAUAUAAAGCCCACAUAAGGAAGCGAUUGAAUAAACUUACUUUACGAUU